CCUACGACCAAAACACCACAAACUCUGCAACCCGACGCGAAGAGCAGCACUCUUCAUAAUGCACGACCCAUGCGACGUAUAAGAUCGCCGUCCACUACAGCGGCAUCCUGCAGCCGCCUCGCAGCUUCGUACCUGACGAUCAUAAUGAACCAAACCCAGUCAUACCUGUCAAGUCAAAAGUGCGUAAUGGCGGCACCGGCGACAGCUUGGCGGCAACACAUUGAUGACACAGGCCAGAUUCACGCUGCCUGCGUCCCCCAGCGAGUUCGCGGCUGUAAGACGAUUCGGGACAUGGGCUUGCGAGUACUGCGACCCUUUUGGUUGCAUCUCCUCAUCAGCCCCGCUGGAGGACGUUUCAAAGCAGCAACCCACCCAUGUCGCGCCAUCGUUGCGGACCGCAUCCGAAGCACCUUGUGGCACAUAUCACCUUCUCACAUCUCUAGUCUUUGGAUAUUUUUGCAUUCUUGCAAUUCUUCUUUCCCCCUCUACACAUCUUUUGGUUGUUUCGUAUGGCCUAUUGAAAGCUUUCGUGGCGUUGUCAUCGCCAUGGAGUCACGCCAAUACAUUUCUACAUCUCCUUGUAGAUGUUUAUUGUCCGCGACAAAGAGACGAAAUCCAGGCUUUGUGCUUGAUGCACCGACCUGUCCGUUUGUGCAAUAGGUACGCACACCCGUGAUCGUCUAAUCUACGUCCGCUCAGUCAUCAAGACACCCUACGGCUGUCAUAAGAACACUUGAAACACAGAACCAGGUGUUCCC